CACGUCGACAUGGAGAAGAUAAACAGAAAAGUAGCCCAGUCGCUGUUGACGUUGUGUACAUCCGAAUUGGUCGUGUAAAUGUUUGUGGAAAACAGGGUUCUGUGGCAUUUUUGUUAAGAUUAAUCCCAUUUUUAUUGACGCUACAUUGCUCCGGGAGAAGCUAAUGGUCGUGACAACAUGGACAGUGGCCUGAGUCCCCAGGAUAAAAAAGACUUGGACAAAUUCAUAAAGUUCUUUGCCUUGAAGACUGUGCAGGUGAUUGUCCAAGCACGUCUUGGAGAGAAGAUCUGCACUCGCUCGUCCUCUUCGCCGACUGGCUCUGAUUGGUUUAAUUUGGCCAUCAAAGACAUCCCAGAGGUGACUCAUGAAGCCAAGAAGGCACUGGCUGGCCAGCUUCCAGGCAUCGGGCGCUCCAUGUGUGUGGAGAUUUCGCUGAAGACAUCAGAGGGGGAUUCAAUGGAGUUAGAGACGUGGUGCCUGGAGAUGAAUGAAAAGUGUGAUAAGGACAUUAAAGUGUCCUAUACAGUCUACAACCGUCUGUCUGUCCUUCUGAAGUCUCUGCUGGCCAUCACCAGAGUAACACCCGCCUAUAAACUGUCCAGAAAGCAGGGACACGACUAUGUCAUAUUAUACAGGAUUUACUUCGGGGAAGUCCAGCUGAGUGGAUUAGGAGAAGGUUUUCAGACGGUGCGUGUCGGAGUUGUUGGCACUCCUGUUGGUACAAUCACACUAUCAUGUGCUUACCGCACCAACCUGGCAUUCAUGUCCAACAGACAGUUUGAGCCGUCAGCUCCCAUCAUGGGGAUCAUCGUGGAUCACUUUGUGGAUCCUCCCGGCAGCAGCCAGCGUCCUGCCAACAUGGGACACCCCUGCAACUACAGAGCUCCAGAUGAGGAUGAUGGAGGCCCAUAUGCAGGGGUUCAGGACUCACAGGAGGUCUGCACCACCUCCUUCUCCACCUCCCCUCCCUCACAAUGUGUGUGCACACUGAGCCCUUCGCCCUCUAAACUGUCCAAGCCCCUCCCUCUGGACAGUCUGCCGCUUCCAUUGGCUCCUGGACUUGUCACUCACACUCUGUAUGCUUCCAGGUUAUCAUAUCAUCCUCCAGCUCUCACAGGAGCUGCUGAGCUUUGUCACCCUGCUGCCAAUCCAAACCAGGCGUUGCAUGCUGGGAAGGAGCAUGGCGGGGUUGUGUUGGUUCCUGCCCAGCCUCCUCACGGAGCUGAUGCCCAUCUGACAGUAGAGCACGCUGCCAACACACCUGGCGGAAGUGGUGACGAUGACGGCUUGUCGCACAGUGGAGAAAGAAGGAGGGAUGAAGGGAGGAGGAGCGCUUCUCCCUCUGACCCUAUAGAGUCUCUCAACGCAUUCACAAGGAAAAUUGGAGCCUUUGUCAAUAAACCCAAUGCACAAAUAACAGCAGCCAGUCUGGACCUGCCGUUUGCUGAAUUUGCUCCUCGAGGCCUGGACUCAGAGGAGAAUGACCCCAUGGUGCAGCCUCCAGACUCUCCUCCUUGCCCGUCACCCCUGCAGGCCAGCCUCCAUUCUCAGGGCUCAGAGGGAUCGGGGCAGCAGGAUGACUUUGUCAUGGUCGACUUUCGUCCAGCCUUCUCUAAAGACGACUUGUUGCCGAUGGAUCUGGGCACUUUCUACAGAGAGUUUCAAAACCCUCCUCAACUGGCCAGCCUCUCACUACACAUCAGCUCCCAGUCCAUGGCCGAUGACCUGGACUCGCUGCCAGAGAAACUGGCCGUUUAUGAGAAAAACAUCGAUGAGUUUGACGCUUUUGUGGACAUGCUCCAAUAAAAAGAAGAGAAGAAAGGACUGUAUGUGAGAAGAGACUAGAUGGAUGGUGGCAAAUGAAGCUGAAAAAAAAUGAAAGGGAGAAGCAGACUGGAGGCUCUGUAGUCGUUUGUCCUGUGAGAAUCACUCAGACUAAAUCACCAUAUUUUAAUGUGAAGCUCCUCAUUUCUGACAUUUUCCUCUUACCUUCCUGUCAGGCACGUUCACCUCCCUAACCAGCUUGUACAGAUCACUGUAAAUACUGUAUUAUCUCCUCAGACACUGGCUACACCCCUCUCUGGUCCGGUAGUGUUAAUUUAAACUAAAAAUCUUUAUUUUCUAUGUGGCACAAAUCUGCUCACGUCGUCAGUGUUUAAUCAGGAUUACAAUCAAUUCUGUCACUUUAGACAGCCAUGCAAUUCAAGGACAGACUACCUGCACUCAUGAUAGUACUGUUAUAGUGUAGCUCACUAUAAUUAAUCCACCCUCCCUUCCUGCUGAACACUACUCACCUCUUAAGGUCCAGCAUGGCC